CACAGUACUUCUGCUUCGGGAGCUAAUUGUCUAAAUUCUGUAUAAACCAGAAGUGGUGGCUUUUCCAUAUGGGGAACCUCACUGAACUUAGAAAAGGGAGGCUGGUGAUUUCCUUUAGCACAGUGGUAAUUUGGAUGUUUCUGGUUGCUGUCUCACUGUGUGACUUUCAUAUGGUUGUGUUUGAAUUUGUUUGUCUGGAAACCAUAGUUGGAAGCAAUAAAAAGAGGUUUUGAAAUUUAAUUGUGUGGGCAACACCAUCAAGAGACCUGAAAACAAGGGACUAGCCCCUCUGGGACAUAAUGCUAUCCAGGAGAUUCUCUUUCCUGCUCUUCAGAGUAAGUUCUAUGUAUUUGCAGUCAUCCUUCACAGUGCCUUACCAAAUGUUGCAGUAUGAUUUUGUCUGGUUUUGUUGGUCUGUUUUGCUUUGUUUUUAUCUUGAAGACUAUUUCUGUUUCUUGCAUAUGCGGGGAAAAGAAUCUUGAAGUGCAUUGGCUAAAACUGCCUUAAAAGCCAGGCAUUUGAGGUGAAUUUUGUAUUCUGCAUGAAGCUAUACACAUAUGAUUACAACUUGUGAAAAGUAUUUGUGAGUUCUUAUUUCCCCUUGGGGUAGAAGCUGGGAAAAGCAGCAGGGGUGGCCGCUCAGAAAGUGAGGAGGAGAGCAUGCCUGGGGGCUUUACAUACCACUGUCUGAGAUCUGCUUACAGCACCACACUAGGAGUGGAUUCUGCCUACCCAAACAUCUUAUUGCUGUGAAACUGCCUGUUCUUCUGCACUACCACAGCGGCACUCGGCUAUCAGGUAAAAACUUUUUGACACUGUUAGGAACUACAGCAAACCCAGCAAGUCUCUUUCUGCAUUGUUUCAACUCAGGGAAUUUGCUAUUGGAAGAACUAGUGGAUAAUUACUAAAAAGAAUGAAAACUUCUUAUGGUUUUGCACCUGAGAAUGGCAGAAGUACUGAUCUGAGUUUUCCUGGCUCUUAUGGAAAUGUUUUUUGAAGAGGAUUCAGAGAGCACAGUGGUGGCAGCCCUGCCUUCAGCUGUACUGGUAAUCAGUGUUCUGCUACUGCAUCUUGAUAAAGGAUUCAGAAGAGGCUGAUCCACCUCACAGGGAGAGUGAGUAAUGUGAAGCAGGGACGUCCAUGAGGAGGAGGUAUUGUGGCUGUCAAAUGUUUCUCCCGUGUAGACAUUUUUUUCACCAACAUCUUAAUGGAAAAAAAACACAACAAAACCAACACCCCAAACAACAACCAACCAACCUGAAAAUCAACUUUUCCCAGCCCAUCCCUCCAUACUCCAUGGAAAUAUGGAGUUGGUCGAAAGUAGAAACUCUUGAGAUAAGAAUCCUGCAGCAGUACUCCAAGGCAAUUAUAUUUCACGUUUGAUGAGUCCAUUCUCUAGACCACAAACUAGGUUAUAUCUUCCAUCAUGUAAUAGUUUGUUCAGUUCAUGAUAUACACUCCUCCUCUGGCAAACCCUUGUGGGGCAUGGGGCAUAUUUACUACUGCUGCUAGGGACAGUAGUUUACUAUUUCUAAAUUUUCUAUGAAAAAUGGACAGGUUUUAGACAGAAAAAAUUAUUUUGUUGAAAAACAGAAUAAAGUUUAACAGGGCAGGGAUAAGGUAGGAAGUUACUAAUAGAUAAGCAGUUACUAAUAGAUCAGCAGUUACUAACAGAUCAACUUAGGUUGUGAUUUGUAAGGAAAGGAAGAAGGAAGGUGAGGCUCAGAUGCCUUAGACAUUGCUUAUGGUGUAGUCUCCCAAAAUGAAGCUGAUUCAUAUUUGGAAAUUAUUUGACUGCAGGCAGAUAGUUUAGAACAUAAUAUGUUAUGCAGAUUUCUACCUCGUUUGCUUGUCCAAUUAGAUCAUUAUAAUGCCUCAAGCAUUUGUGGCUUGGUUUUAUUUCAUAGCAUUUUUAAGAAAAAAAAAUCACAGUUUUUUUUUCCUUGCAGAAAUCUUGUCCACGUAUUCUCUCCACCCUGGGGUUUCUGGAUGAGGACAACUGAGGUGUCUAUACAGGGCUGGGAUAUACUGAUACAGAGAAGACUGGGAACUGUUUGAAAGCGGUAUUAAUCAAAGGUUGCAGGAGGUGGUGGCUUCACCAGAGACUUGUCUGUGACAUAUUAAUUGGGCUACAUUUUUGUGGCCACGUAACUUGUAUUUUUGCAUGGAUGUUAAUUGCACCUUGUAGGAACCUUGGCAUCCUGCAUCGUAAAGUCCCAGAGAAACAGAGAUGUUUUUUGAGAUGUGAAAUUAGGGAAUGCACAGACUGUAAACAUGUUUUGCUGAUUGUCCUGAGUAGUGUUUCAGCCUUGUAUGUUCCUCCCAACCUGCAGUUCUUAAACUCUGACUUUGUACAAGUUAUCAAAUUAAUGCUGUCACGAGAGCAUGGUACUGAGCCACAUGAUGGCUGUCCUGGUUGCAUAAUGCAGACAAUUUUGGCCAGAGUUUUAGCAACAGUGAAGAAGGGCGGGGUAUGGAGGAUACACACUGUAAUUGAGGAUCAAAGGUAAUUGUUUCUGCUUCUUAAUCCGUACCUGAGCUGUUCAGCUGCAAAAGGCAGAAGAGUUAGGAAGCAUCUCUCACCUGGACGUUUUGUCAUCAGGGAGAAGUGAAGAGAAGCAUUAUCUAGUUUAUCUCACCUGUCAGGCAGGGAAGAGUUGAAGAAGCUGUAGAAGUUAAAUGAAAAGAUCUUGACACCACCAGAAGUUCUUAAGUUUUCUAUUAAAAAGGAAGGCUUUCAGAAGUGGCACGAAGUUGGAGAUGGAUAUUAAGAACAUGAAGAACUAUCUCUAUUGGCUGUUCUGCCAGUUCGAACUAAUUACCUGCAGCUACCUCAUGGAGCCCUGGGAAAAAGUGCUUUUCUACACUUUCAACAUUACCAUGUUACUUAUGGUGUUAUACACUGCUUACAUCUAUGUCCCCAUCCACAUUAGCACGGCUUUUCAAUUCUGCUUGCACAUACUUGGAAACCAACAUGAAAAUGCUGUUUCUAUCGUGAAGUAACACUAGCAACCUGACCCUGACUUUUGGAUCAAAGAAGUGUUUCUCUUAACACUCAAUUUUUGUUUAGAAACAAGUUCAGGGUGUGCACUGACGCUGCUUUAUUCUGCAGUAGCUCUUAAUGUUCUUCUGUAUUCUAGGACUGUCAGCAAAUUGUUUUGCCAAAACAAUUUCAAUCACUCCUCAUUUUUAUUGUCUGACUGCCUGCUUCUUGAGGAUCUUUCAGUUUUAAAGACUGGCUGGAGUUAUGAAGUUUGGUACAGAAACAACUGUGCUGCAUAUUUUGUUAUUCCAGGGAGAGCUGCUUGGAUAUGGAGAGUUUUCAUCUUGAGAAAUUACAAGGCAUACAUUUGGUCUCGUCUGCUGUAGUUUUGCUGACAGGAAAGAUGUGUACACAAAAGGUGUUGCACAACACUAUAGGACUAUAAGCUGCUUCUGUAAGCUUGGUAUGUAUUUAUUUAUAGAAUGAUUUUAUUAUUUAUUUCUUUUCCUCGUUUAUUUAGGACAAUGGAUUACUUGAAUGUUUCAUGAUCAUUGUGCAAAUAAAGCAGUUGAUCUAUUAAAAAGAUGGGGAUGCACUUUCAUGAAAAUUCAUAAUAAAAUUCUGAUAUUCAUGGAUUUUAUUAAAAAAGAUUGGGUUUGUUUUACUUUGAGAAGACCGGUAAAGCACACAUAUUGUACACAGAACAUGGAACUACGUAUUUGGUUGUGACAGGGACAUUUUGGUUGAAAAACAAUAAAACCCCUACCUAAAACACAAUGUC